ACACUGUUACCGGCAUAACCUUAUUAAUUUAUAGUAUGUUUAAUAACAAACAGGCGCCAUUGAUUACUAUUGCGAAAUUCCUCGACGACAAUUUACUUUUAACAGUUCAGUCUCUAUUGCUUUGAAAAUGUCUACACAGAGUGAUGUUAAAAUUCCUUGUGAUGAAAGAAAUGUUGAGAUAAAAGCCAGGAUUGAUAGUGACACAGAAUUUGAACGCAGGGUACAAGUAGCGCGCGAACUAACGAAAUCAACCGGUGAACUGUUGGAGCAGAGAGACGUAUUCUUCAAUGUCGUAGACGGUAGUAAUGGUGCAAGGUUUAAACUACGUUACCUAAAGUACCCAAUGCCUUCGCAACUGAUUUACUACGUUCGACCUAAUGAAGCAGGACCAAAACUUUCAACAUUUAAUAAAAUGCCAGUAGAUGAUCCGACAUUGAUGGAAAAGAUCUUGUCGCAGAGUAAUGGUGUUAAAGGUGUUUUAGAGAAAAAAAGAUACUUAUUUAUAUAUGGACAAACUCGUAUACAUAUGGAUAAGGUUAAAAACUUGGGCAAUUUUAUGGAAUUUGAAGUAUGCCUUCAGUCCGAGCAGUCAAUAGAAGAGGGGCAGAGGAUAGCGGAGGACUUAAUGAAGAUUUUUAAUAUACGCCAAGAAGAUUUGAUGACAGGUGCUUACUUUGACGAGCUUAAUUGAAUACAAUUUUUUUUUUUUUGAAAAGUUUCACUCCGCUAUUGGCAUCUUAAUGAAAACUUGUAUGUCUAUAUAAUUUUGUAUUGAUAAAAAUAAAAACUUGUUUAUUAUGUAUUUUAAUGGCAUUUUUCUAAUCUCUGUGUAUAGUUAUAUGU